AGUAGAAGUGAUGGGCAUGCCAUAUCCUUUAGGGCAAGCCAAAGAGAGAUUAUUACAGCUUUUAACAAUUAUCCAAUAUGGAUUCAUAGCUUCUUUAAUCUUUUUUGAUAAACAAAUUAGUCAAAUGAGUGUCUUUUGGAGAACUAAUAUAAGUCCUAGCAAAUUAAAAUAUGGUUUUUUGGGUUAUAUUGCUUUUAAUUUUAUUAUUACUUAACUUUCAUCUUCUGGAGCCUUUGAAAUAUUUGUAAAUGAUUCAUUAAUACAUUCUAAAAUAAGGACAGGUUAAAUGCCAUCUAUGGAUACAUUAUUUAAAAUAAUUAGAGAUAGUCUAUGAUAAAAUGAGAGAAUAAGACCAAUUAUAUAUAAGAAUGAGAG